AUGGUUACCCGCGGUCUGCCACACAACGCCACUCAUGCAGUUUGCCAUAAUGGUGGGAUGGCAAAAGGCCUAAGGCUUGCCCUGGGCGUUCCGCAAGGAAAAUAUAUCCUGAAGGAUGGGAAAGGGAAUAGCGGGGCCUUGAUGCCGGGCGAUGAGUCGAAGGCGGGAUCCUCUGCCGAUAGGACGAUUAGGACGAAACUCUUAGCUUUCGUUGUCCCUCCUUUUAGACCCCGUUCCAUGGGACUGUUGACCUCGCCGGUUUCUCCAUUUAACUUUGAAACCCCUAAAGACACUCAAGGCUGUUCUGAAUCGAGCUCAACAACACCCCUACUUCCGGGCCGUGGAAAAGGCACCAAAAAGCCUGAAAGAAUGACCUACAUCAUCCAGCAUGAUGAUACCCUUCAUGUCGCUUCUAGCGACUGGUAUUUUGGGCAUGAGGCCUUGACUGUCAUCUAUCCUCCUCACAUCAGUCAUGCCGAGGACGAGAGAGAUGACCAAGAUUACCAAUCCCCGUCGGUUAUCCUCGUUUACGAAAGCGACAAUGAGGACGGCAGAAGCAUAGCUGGUGCAGAUGGCAUGAGCUCAGACUCUGAUUCGGACAGCGAAUAUAGCGGAUCGCAACGGGAGCAUGUUUCCGACGUCACAACUAUCAGCGUCUCGACUGGGGGCGAUUUUAACGACCUCGUGACGCAGCAUAGCGGACUGACUUUGGAUGUCAGCUUCCCUUCAACGGUAUCUGAGCGCGACUUGGGCAGCAACAUGGAACUAGGGGUUCUUCAGCCCAUGGUGAAUGCCAUGUUGGUUCCUGCCUUGGAUCUGACUGGCGCGACCGACGUCCAUUCGGAUGAUGAGGACCUAGGAUGUACCCAUGCGAUAAGCGGAGUGGCCUGCCAUUGUCUGACGGCUCGAAAUCUUGAUGCCGUCCAAGAUAUCUUGAAGGAGCUGCGAAGAGUCGAAAGUCGAGAGCUGAGAAGGCAUGAGGCGACUGAGUGGCAUCAUCCGCGGAGCGAGCCGGACAGAAGAAGCGACCAAGCAUGGGAAGAGUUAACAGUGGAUCUCCUUUUCUAG